UCAGGGUUGUAUUGUGAUUAACUGGUUAACUAGUUGUAAUAACUUCAGGAAUGAAAGAUGAUUAAGAAAAUACUUUCAUAAACUGAUAAAACACAGCACAGGAACUCUUCUGCUUACUGCGGAAGAAGAACGAACCGGUAAUUUAUUCAAAGUGCAUAGGAAAUUAUGCAAAACUGACACAAUUGUGGCGGUCGUGUCUUCCAGCUUCCUCAAUUUAAAUAAUUUAAAAUUAAUUCGUAUAACCUUGAAACUCUUUGUGUCAGUCCUGCUUUGUAUAGUUCAACAAUUCGUUACAAAAGCAGUUUUUUUUCUUCUUAAAACAAUGUCAAGUCAAACAAAUUGCGUUCAUUCAAAACACUUUGGAUGUUACGUCGCUUAAGGCCUUUCGUAUGUGGGCGAGCAGCAUACGAUUAUUUAGCGAGGCGUUUUCGGGACUGGUAGGCAGCGAAAUGUUAAUAUAUAUAUAUGUACAUUAUUACGAGAGGUACUUCGGUAUUGCUUCUACGAGCGCUACACGUGGCAACGGCUGUAGACACACACCGAAUUACGAUAAUUUCGGGGCGGACAACAGGCAAAGCCAACUGCCAUUUUGAGCUCGUGAUCGCUUCGGAAAAUCCCGGCGCCGAAGACAGCCUAAAUCGGAAUCUUGUCGGCAAGACCAGAGGAUCAUCAAGCAAUUCAAAGACCCAAUCCACUGUUUGCAGUACCCAUAUGCGAUACAGUGUGAAGUUACUCAUUGGCUUAGCUAUGCCUGGAGUGGCGCUAGCUGCUCUCUGGCUUUGGAAAGUUCGUCGUGCACAUCAACAGAAUGAUAGCAGUGAUUCUGAUAUGAGCCGUACAUUACAGGACGUCGCUGAAGAGUUUAAAACUAUUCGUCAAAAAAGGCGCGACGCGAACAACGUUUCUACGAAAACUUUGGACCGAAACGGUUCUGUUGAGUCUGGUGGGGGAACCAUGGGGUAUCUUGUGGUACCAGGGGAUUGCUCAGGUGUAAAUACCAGAGGAAAUGGUAAAAUUGGGAACAAUGAGAACACAAAUGAAAUAAUUAAAACAAAUUGUACAAAGCUAGACAGUCAGCCUGCGAAAUAUGACGAUAAAACUAAGGAAGAAAGCCUGAAUUUCUCAGGUCAGUUAGACAUUUCUGAUGAGAAGAACAUUGACGUUGUGUCUGAUGCUUUCAAAGGGGAACCAUCCAGCAAACUGGAAGACAACGAUACUGACAGUAGUCAUCAACAAUGUGUCACCUCCCAGGAGACAUCAGAAAUCGUAUCUACUCGCGAAGAAAAGGAAAGUGGUCGUAAAGAAGUAUGCGCAGGAGCCUCUAUUUCGCGGGCUCAGUCUCUUGACGAUUCUUCGGAUGUGAGCAGCACGGACUCGCCGCUGGAUCAAAAACUUACUUCGAUUACCUCGGGCUCAGAUUGUGAACACGCUGACGACGAGACAGCGGAAGAGGUGACGUGGGAAUUAGAGUUUCCUCAGGCACUCUGCGGUCGACUUAUUGGAAAGAAGGGGAAAAAUGUGCAAAAAAUCUCACAGAUUACAGGCACAAAAAUACGACUUAUUCCGCAAAACGAAAAUACGGAAUCCUCUCAGAGGCUCGUCGCUCUCACCGGCUCCCCUAAACAGCUGAGGUUGGCUCUCAGAGCGCUGCGAGAGAAAUUUCCUAGUGUGCCAUUUACCCGGUUAAACGGCAGUCAACCGUUUGUAGAAGAAAGUCAUAAUCUCCCUCCGAAUAUGAUAUAUGUUGCACUUCCUGAAAACGACUUUUGUCAGGUUUUUGUGACGAAUAUCGUCGAUGCAAGUCAUUUUUCUGUCCAACUCUACGACCACGCCAUUCAAAGCCACCUCAGACAACUCGACCAGCAGAUGUACCAAUGUUACGCGGGCGUCGCUGCUGCUGGCGUGCCACAGGCGAUCAAUACCGGCAUGCUUUGCGCGGUGCCGAGUCCCAGCGGUUGGUGGAGGCGGGCUCAGGUUGUUGGAUUGUUAAUGAAGCCAGAUGAAGUUGAGAUCACUUGGUUAGAUUAUGGUGGACGAACCAAUGUCUCAACGACAAUGCUUAGACGACUGAGGUCAGAUUUUUUGCAAUUACCGUUUCAAGCCGUUGAAUGUUAUCUCAGUAAUCUUGUUCCAAACCACGGUGAGACAACGUUUUCAAUGGCCGCUUGCGCGUUAUUUGAACAACUGACGCAGAAUGUGGUGCUUACAGCACGAGUCGCAGGUUAUACCAAAGAUUGUCCGAGCUUAGAGCUUUACACUCCUGAACAAUGGACUGGACAGCCAUUGUUUGUCAAUCGUGAAUUCGUUCGUCGGGGUUUUGCGAGAUGGUCGGAGACAUGAGGGAUAUUAUAAGGACAUUUGAUGGAUUUCAAUGGAUUUGCAGAGAGACUAUUAUUGAGAUAAGUCCGUAUUAUUUUGCAAAGGCUGACAGAUAAUUUGAUCCGUGUCUUUAAAGACUGCUGACGAUAUGCAUGCAAAUAAGUUAUAAAUAUUCUAGUUGGAUUUUCAAAUUUAAUAUGUUGUAUUCGCAAAUAAUUGCUGUACGUGUAUGAAUUUUUCAUGACUGUAGAAAACACCCUUCGAAUGAUUACCUAACAACUGAAUAGGAAAAUAGUUCCAGUGAAAUUCAUUUGAAAUCUUAUCUUUCUGGACAAUGAAAAACUAAGAACUAGGUUGUGGAAUGAUCGAGCGGAGAAAUAUAAUGUAAAACGUAAAAAAGAAUUGCCCGCAUAAGAAAAAUUAAUAAGUAGAUAUGCUUCGCAAACACUGAAAUGUGUUUAGAAAAUUGUCUAAUUAUUCACUUAGCAGAACGUCUUCCAGUUAUCCCUUUAUACCUUUCAAAGGCGAGUUUUCUCUACAGCGGAGUCCGUAAAAAGCAAUGUUCUGUCAUAA